GCAGUAUAUUGGAAGCUGUAUAGAUCAAGUGGAUAUAAGAUGUGACUAUUUAAUAAUUUAAUAAUAAUAACACUUAUGUUCCAUUCCGAUGUUCCAAUAAUGUAGAAUAAGUAGUAAGGACUAUGUGAAGAUCAGAAUAGGGUAACACUUGAAUUGAGAGAGACAAUUGGAAGCAGACGUGAAAAAGCUAAGCUGAACAGAAAUUAAAUAAAAUAAAAACUCAAGAAUUGAAAUAAAUAAUAUAAACCUGCGUCAACAACUUCAGAAGUGGGAUAGUCCCAUUAAUACAUUCGCCUACAUAGCCAUACCUGAGAGCACACAUUUUUUCCGCUUUUAUAAUUACGACGCCAUUCUGAAAUGGACAAGACACAAAUUGGUGAGUGGCUACAAGCCAACGAAAUCGAGUUCCCUGCAAGUGCAACUUUAAGGCAAUUGCGCAAACUUGCUUUGGAUGCUGGAUACCAAGAAGUGGCUGAAAUCCCAGAAAGCAUAUUGGAGGAGGAGAACUCCAAAAUGGAAGUAUUAAGCCAAGGAGCCGCUACCGAAGGCAUCCAGACAUUGGAAGAAGAAGAAGCACUGCUUGACGCCGCCAUAAGGGUUGCUGAGAAGAAGAAAAUAUUGGCCGGAUUGAUGAAAAACGUCGACAAAACGACAGAUGACCUCCAAAUGGUGAUGCACCUCGUGAGCCCGUUUUCUGCCACUGAAAAUGAGGAAGCCCUUAAGUGGAUUUUGAAUUUUGAGAGAGUCUGCAGAGAUAUCAACACAUGUACAAAUUUUCAACUGCGCUGCGUACGAAUGUUGAUGAAAUCGGGUACAGAUGCCGACUUGUUUGUGAGUGUUGAUCGAUCGAACACUUACGACGAAUUUAAGACAAAUUUCAUAAAAACAUUCGGUCGUGGAAGCUCAACUGCUGAUAUUGUAUUGCUACUUAAGGAAACCAUGUUUAACCCCGCGAAGAACACCGUUAUGGGAUACAUACUUCUGAUGGAGGAAAUUGCUAUGCGUGCAAAUAUUGACGAAAAAUUGACAGUGCAGUUCGUCAUUGAUGGUUUUCGCGAUCGUUCAGCCAAUAUCGCUAUAUUGUACACAGCAACAACAAUCGCACAAUUGAAGGAAUUGGCUUGGAAGUAUGGCAAUCUAAGGAAGAAGUCACACAAUUUUCCUCAGCGCAUGGAAAAUACUGGAGGAGAUCGGAAAACAGUCCGGUGCUACAAUUGCUCUGCUUAUGGGCACUACGCUUCGUCGUGCACUGCGCCGAAACGCGAGAAGGGAUCUUGUUUCCGUUGUGGAUCCCUCCAACAUAUGCUAAAGGAUUGUCAGCAGAAGCCAGCAAGUGAUCCGAGAGUGGUGGGAGCAGCCAACAACCAGCCGAUACGAGAUGACGAAGAGGAGCCUAAUAUGUUUAUUCCGAUUUUUAACCAGCGCCAUUAAUUUAAUUCAGCACUCUGCGAUUCCUUAUAAAAACUUUAGCGAUAUACUGGUCCCGACGAAUUACUAUGGAGUUAAUGGAUUUAAAAUUAAAACAUUCGGAAAAAU